AUGUCACCACCAAUACCACUGCCCACAGGGAAAUACCCUUAUAGAACUUUUGGGUUUGGAUAUGACGCUUUAAAUGACACUUAUAAAGUGGUUUUUUACGGGAAGAACCAUAGCGACGAGGGCAUGCAUGUUUACCGCAUGGGUGAAAGUAGUUGGAGAAGUAUGCAAUCUUUCCCUGACCUGGCACGCGAAAGUUUGUGGCAAGUAAGACGGAGAGAUCAAAAUGGAGUUUAUUUGAAUGGCACACUUAACUGGAUAUUUCCAUUAAACACUGAGAUUGUUGAGAUGGUCAUUGUUUCUAUCGAUUUGGCGACAGAAGAGUUGUCACAAAUGUCACUGCCAUUUUUUGAUCAUUGCACUGAAUUGAUUCUCGGGACUCUGAAGGACUCAUUGUGUGUUUUGCAUAACAAUCACCAUACAAGGUUUGUGAUUUGGCAAAUGAAGGAGUUUGGAACUCACCAGUCUUGGACUAAGCUAUUCAACUUUGAUUUUAAAGAAAACCGUAACAACAUGCGUGCUUCAUUUGAACCUGUUGGGUUCGUCUUGUCUGGAAAUCAUGAGAUCUUGUUGACAUCAAACUACCGACAUGUUCUAUAUAACAAGAGAGAUAAUACAUUUAGAUUUACUAGUGACGGAGUUGAUAAAUGCCAUGAGAGUGUCCAAAACUAUGUUGAAAGCUUAGUUUCACCUCGUUAA